ACCCUACACCUUCUUCAGCACUUCAACACUCCAGUGUACUCAAGUGAGGCAGACAUGGCGGGUGAAAAUGGUGGGCGUAAUGGACGUCAGAGCAGCCCACGGUGUCCUCUAACAAUGGGGACCGGAAUCGAGCACUGACACCAGAUUCACCGGCGUCGUUAGGAUUCAACACCGACCAACUCCCAUUCAACACCAGCCAAGCAUCGGAGGCUUACUCUGACGAAGAUGAGGCUGCCAUUGAUCCGGAUAUAAUUAGAGACGAGCCUGACGUCGAGGUAGAAAGGAAGAUGGAGAGGAUUUCUUCAACGACAAUUUCCUCAACGAUUACGGAAGGAUGGAUGAACAAGACCAGUAUGAAUCACUUGGCCUUGAUAAUUCGAUCGAGGAUGAAAGAGGUAUUGAUCAGAUUUUAGCAGACCGGCAUGCCGCUGAAGUGGAGCUUGAUACCAGAGAUGCUCAUGCCUCACACCCCAAGUUGCCUCAGCUUCUUCACGAUCAAGGUCCAGCCGUCACUUGUUUUUUCAAUUUGAAAUUUUGUCUGUUUCUCUGCAGGUUACCCAGUCAUUUAUAAAGUUUGUAUUAAUGGGAUAUAAAAUGAAAGACAACUCAAAGGCUUAUUCCAAGGCAUCCUAGCUGAAAUUUUGGAGUUUGUUAUGGGGAAGGGACUCAUACCAGCAGAUGGAGAGAUAUGGCGUGUCAGACACCGUGCUAUUGUUCCAGCAUUGCAUCAGAAGAUAUUUCGAAGGAUAUUAAUGCUUGAAAACAAAGCCACGCACCACCUACGUACAGGUGAAUUGUGAAGGAGAAAGAAGAGACAAACCGAGAUGAAGCAACCAGGCUGAACUGGGGACGAACACAAAUCUAUAUCCUUUUGUUUUUUAUUCAUUUCUGUAUUUGUUUGUUUUCAGAUAAUGACAAAAAAUUAAUGAAGUCUUAUUUCGUAAAUAUUAUUAAACUAAAUUCAAAAAUAAAAAUUUCAAUGAAACUUUCCAAAAAGUGACAAAUUUGAUGAAUGGUUUUCGGUGAUUCAUGAUCUGUCAUUGACUUGUAAUAUUUCUUGUUCAUUUACUCGCACAUAGUGACUAAUCAUAUUUUUAUUCAAAUGAUAUAACUAGGCAUAUUUUUUGUCCAGUGAAACUCUGUUAGUGAUAUAUGUUAUAUUUUCAAAAAGCAUACUAUCAUCUUUUCAAAAGAUAAAAGUAGAACUAAUGUGGCCGCCUCUAGGGUUUGUCCCUAGGUAGUUUCUUCUGCAAAUCGUCAUGCGAUUUUGAGCGGCCAGAGGAUAUCGACUAUAGUUCAUUUGAACAGUCUGUCGCUAGGGUCAGGGGCGAUGCCAUGAAAAAGUUAGCCAACCAGUAUGAUAACCUGGACAUUGGAGGAGAAACGGAAGAACGACUCUUAGGGUGCAUCGGAGGGCGUGGACUAUCCAUAAGAACAUCAGGGAGAAGAGUUACAUUUUCACCUUUUAUCAUAUAAUUGAUAUGAAUUGUGUCCUGGAGAACGGUCCGUGAUUAUUUGAUAAAAGAUUGUUAGUUCUUAGGACCAUCAAGCCAGGGGAUAUUCCUCUUAGGGUUCCGUUGAAUAUAACUGAUUUCUGGAAUCAAGUGCAUAAUGUGACACAUGGUUUUAUGACAUUGGAAGUGGCUAGAAGAAUUGGUAGUCUAAUUGGGGAUUUUAUUACUAUGGAUUAGAGUCAGUUUGAAGGAAAAUGGGAGACCUAUAUGCGUAUAAGGGUGGGCUUAGAUGUUGGUGAGCCCCUAAAACCUUGUACGACUAUAGGAAGGGGACGGGUUACUCGGUAGAUUUCAAAUAUGAAAAAUUGUCGAGCUUUUGCUUCGUGUGUAGAGUUAUCGGACAAGUCGACGGGUUUUGUCCCUUGGAGUAUGAGAAAGGGGAAAGAUUAUUAGAGAAACCUUUUGGUACCUGGCUCAGGGUGGGGGUGAAAAAAUAGCCCAACAUGAUAUAACAAAUGGCUGGUUCAUUGUGGGCAGGUUAAGGAGGCUGAGAAAAAGCAUCAACAAUGGAAUAAGUAUUACAAAUCAUUCCACCUUGCUUAAAUGUGAGGGCAACUCAUACUAUGGAAUAUAUUCAAAUGACCAUGUUAAUCUGACACUUUAACCUUCAACAAAAAUUAGAUAUGCAUUCUGCUUCAAUUCAUCAUUCUAAAAUCCUCACCAAGCAACUCUAAUAUAAGUAGGCACAAGCCCAGGCUUAAAAAAAACACAUAUAUACAUACAUACAUACAUGUAGGCACACAGAGGCUACAUUUAUGGCAAGAAUUAUGAGCUUUAUGCUAUAAAAAAGAUCAUAAAGGUCCUCACCUGGCCUUUGGCAUAAAAAACUCUCCAACGCAGACCUUCCAAAUCUAUACGCCUCAAGCCAGCGAGGGUUUUCUGCCUUUGCCCCUCCAACCUAGGCCAACUGCCUCUUCCCCUCUGACCCCUGCCACGUUCUCCCCUCCCACCGCUUCCGCUCCCGCUCGCACCACCCCCACCACCGCCCCACUGCCACUAGCACCACCCCUAUUUCCACUUCCAGUCCCACCACUUCCCCUCCCACCAGCACCCCCAUUUUCACUCCCACCAGUGCCAGUAGUCCCGCUCCCACCAGCACCAUCACAUGCACCCGAGUGGAAAAAAACUAAAAAAUCUCCUUUUCUGUGACGAUCUUCUGCCCUUUUUAUCCAGCCUUGAGUGUAUUCCUCACAGAUUUUUCGGGUUUCAAAAUCAAACUCUACUAAGACUUCUUUUAAUAUAUAUUCUACGUCCGUUUCUUCCAUCCUCAAGCCUUUCCGCUUCAUUUUCCUCUCAGUUUUUCUUCUCUUUCUCAUUUGUUUCUUACUUUCUACUUUAACAUCCUUCCCCUUCCCUUUCUUCUCUACCUUCAAAAUCGGCUUAACAACAAUGUCGACCCGUUCCUCAAAAUAUCUCAUUAAGAUCACUUGGACAGAAAAUGCCUUAACACCAAUGAAAUCGGGAUACUGUUUAGAGGGAAUGGGGUUGUCAUUUCUACAUUCUUUCUGGAGAUAAGCCAAUAUCCCCUCCCCUCCCACUCUAUGAAACAAAUCCAACGCUGUUUGAAAAAAUGUGGGACAAAAAGUUUCUGCUAAUUAUACCUUUCAUUUUUUUAAAUGGGAUCUUUCUGUGAGCCAUGUAUUUAUACAGUUGGUGACGGAGAGUUGUGGGUAAGUCUGAUGGUUUGAAGCCUUGUACAUGAUAGUUAGCUAGAGAGGGAUCUUUGUCAGGUUGAUAAAUGAUGUGUAGUUUAGAAACAGAGGGGUCAUCUAACCAUUCUUCAGUGGGAACAUCCUUCAAUACGUAAAUACUGUAUGGAAAAUGAAUGGAAAGUGAGUAUAUGCUAUUGGACCUUUUAGGGAAGGGGCAGAGAUGAAAUCUUCUUGAUUACAAGCUGCUUCAUCGCCUUCUGAAAUGGAAGCCUCAUUGGUCUCUUCAUCGCCCUCAUUGGUCUCUUCAAGUCUGUCCCUUUUUCUCUUCAUUGUAUUACUGAAACAAGAACGAAUAGCAAUAACACUAGUUUUAUCAGAAGAAGGAAGAUGAAGAAUAUCAGACUGAGAAAGGCGAAGAAGAGAAAUCCUGAGAAAAUAAUACUUUGCCUAUUCGAUUAGAGGGGGCGGGUUCAAUUUAGGGUUAAAACCGGUUUGGUUCAGUUUUGGAAAUAUUAGGUUCAAUUUGUUUUGAUUUGUUUCAAGUUCAUAUGUUUAUUAUUUUAUUUGAUCAAGUUUCAUACGUAUUAUUUUAGAAUUAGAAAAUGAAAAAUAAUAAUCAUUCAUCUUGUUAUAUUUAUUACUUAAAUAUAAUUUAAAUGGGAAAUAAAAGAUAUAAAAAAAAACUAUAAAAUAUUAUAAAUUGACACCUAAUUUAUCUUACUGAAGACUUAUGACAUGAAAACGUCUAACAUCUUUUCAAUCAGUAUAAAGAGAUUAACCUCUCACAAAAAUAAUUUAUAGUUAAUGGGAUCGUUUGCCUUUCGGCGGUUUCUCCCCCCAACCGCUGCUAAAUGCAGCGUUUCAUGUGUAAAAAGGAUCGGCGGUUUGGAUAAAAAGCUUAUAUCCAAACGACCCCAAUUACUACUUCCAUCCCACUAUUAUUGUCUCAUUGCGGUUUACGAUGGUUGACCGACGAUAAAGCAAAUAGAUCCUUGUUUGCACUCAAAUUAUUUUUAGCAAAAAAAUUACAUAUUUGGAAACUACAUUAAAAACUUUAUAACGUCGCAAAAACCAAAAUCAAAUUUGAUAAAAAUUUGAUGUAUAAAGUAAGAGAUUAAAAGUGAUUUGUGUUGACCAAGUAAACAUGAACUGGGACAAUAAUAGUGGGACGGAGGGAGUAUCAUUUAUAUAUCACAUAAAAUAUUUAAAGAAGGUUAAAAUGGUAUAUGUUAAACAUGUAUUUUUCACAUCUAAAUUAUUUAUUUAUAUCCUAACGAUGAAGAGUGAAGACAAAUAGAAAGUAUUUUUAAUAAAUACUACAAGUUGUUCGUUGUUCGAUUCAAUUUACAAUUUUUUAAUUUAAAACCAAAUCAAACAAAUCGGACUUCAACCAAAUCAAAAAAUUGUAAAUUGAAUCGAACAACAAACAACUUGUAGUAUUUAUUAAAAAUACUUUCUAUUUGUCUUCACUCUUAAUCGUUAGGAUAUAAAUAAAUAAUUUAGAUGUGAAAAAUACAUGUUUAACAUAUACCAUUUUAACCUUCUUUAAAUAUUUUAUGUGAUAUAUAAAUGAUACUCCCUUUGUCCCACUAUUAUGUCACAGUUCGUGUUUACUUGGUCAACACAAAUCACUUUUAAUCUCUUACUUUAUACAUCAAAUUUUUAUCAAAUUUGAUUUUGGUUUUUGCGACUUUGUAAAGUUUUUAAUGUAGUUUCCGAAUAUGUAAUUUUUUUGCUAAAAAUAAUUUGAGUGCAGACAGGGAUCUGUUUGCUUUAUCGUCGGUCAAACAUCGUAAACCGCAAUGAGACAAUAAUAGUGAGACGGAAGUAGUAAUUAACUAUAAAUUAUUUUUGUGAGAGGUUUUCAUGUCAUAAAUCUUAAGUAAGAUAAAUUAGGUGUCAAUUUAUAAUAUUUUAUAGUUUCUUUUUAUAUCUUUUAUUUCCCAUUUAAAUUAUAUUUAAGUAAUAAAUAUAACAAGAUGAAUGGAUUACUAUUUUUCAUUUUUUAAUUCUAAAAUACUACGUAUGAAACAUGUCAAAUAAAAUACUAAACAUAUGAACUUGAAACAAAUCAAAACAAAUUGAACCUAUUAUUUCCAAAACUGAACCGAACCGGUUUUAACCCUAAAUUGAACCAGCCCUCUAAUCGAAUAGGCAAAGUAUUAUUUUCUCAAGAUUUCUCUUCUUCGCCUUUCUCUCAGUCUAUAUUCUUCAUCUUCCUUCUUCUGAUAAAACUAGUGUUAUUGCUAUUCGUUCUUGUUUCAGUAAUACAAUGAAGAGAAAAAGGGACAAACUUGAAGAGACCAAUGAUGCGAUGAAGAGACCAAUGAGGCUUCCAUUUCAGAAGGUGAUGAAGCAGCUUGUAAUCAAGAAGAUUUCAUCUCUGCCCCCUUCCCUAAAAGGUCCAAUAGUAUAUACUCACUUUCCAUUCGUUUUCCAUACAGUAUUUACGUAUUCAAAGAUGUUCCCACGAAGAAUGGUUAGAUGACCCCUCUGUUUCUAAACUACACACCAUUUAUCAACCCGACAACGAUCCCUCUCUAGCUAACUAUCAUGUACAAGGCUUCAAACCAUCAGAAUUACCCACAACUCAACGGGGGAAACCUCUUCACCUUGGCUUCACGCACAUCAGGAACGUCUCCCUACUGCGGUACAACGAAGACAACUUUUUACUUCCUUAUGUCCCACGCACACUUGUAACAUCAGAAGUGAGGGACUUUUGUUGGGUUACUGGCCCAAUUAGAGGAUCGGCCCAUUAAGCCCUUCUACGGACGAAUGUCUGGGCCUAACAAGGUCAACAUGCAAGACGAACGUCCAUACAAGACAUGUGUAAUCAUGUCUCAAGAUCCAAGGAUAGGGAGACGCACGACAUCACCCCUAGCCCACGCCGCAGAGGGGAUCAGUCCAAGACCCAAUCAACGUAUUCUACAUAAGGGCUCGAUGACGCUCGACCCACAGCCCUUUGCAGCGUUACCAAGAGCAGACACCAGUCCCAAGGGGACGCUCGUCCCCAUAAUUGGGCGGGAAACCAAGAUUCUGGCGGGAAGCGCAUUUAAUGUCGGGGAUUUGGUGGUUGGGGCUUUAGCCAUCCACAGCUCAGCCAUCCACAACUCUCCACGUCAGCAUAUCCAAAUGUCCAUUGGUAGUAUAAAUAGUAGCACACAAACACUCCCUUAAUACUUCAGCCUCCCUUGGAACUAGAUCCCCCGCUUUAAACUUCGCUCAACCUGCACAAAAAGACCCCAAGUCGCCGUGUACAACCCACCGAAGAUCACUCCCGCCCAAGCUCUGCUGCUACACUUUCCACUCCUAUCAUUUGCAAUAUGACCUCCUUCAUAGGGAGUUGUUGGGCUGCUCUCCACCCCUCCAGAAACAAGGUUGCCACUGAGAGAACCCGGGCACUCGUCUCACAACUCCCUUCCGAUACAUUCUCAUUACGGGCGUGUCAAAUUCCCUUCUCCACCCAACACCUAGAUUUGUCGGCUCCAAACUUCCCUUGCCAACGAGAAAGUGAUAAACCGACUAUGUGUACUCUCCUGCCCCUCAAAACAAAGGAUGCAUAUGGCUAAGCAGUUCACAUGAUUUUUGGGAUAUACUCCGCAUCUGGCAUGUGUGCAUUGCAAGCAGGCUACGUGGAAUUUCAUUUCAACACAGGUUAUACUUUCACGUGAAGAUGGAAUAGAUGAUCUAACAUCGGAAAGUAUCAGACUGCAUCUAGGCCAUACGAUUAUAGUAUCUCUUUAACCCACUCUUCAUUGUAGAGAUACUAAUAAUGUAAUAAUGAUAUUAAAAGUGAAAAAUCAUUCAAAGUCAUACUAAUAAAGAGUUAAACAGUAAAAUAAUGUUGUAAACCUAAACAAUUAAGAAACUUAGAAAUUACGAAACCUACCUUUGAAAUUCUGAAUGUUUGAGAUGAACUGGCGAAGGUCGAAGAGCAUAAAUGGAAGAUGAUGUGAAGACCAGCGCCAGCGGUGAUGGAGUUGUCGGCUACGGAAGAAUGGAAGAUGCUCGGAUUGAUUGAACCUUGAAUGAGUCGAAUCCCCUGGCCUGGAUGCAGUUUACAACUUUGCAGUCCGACUUAGAUCAUAUGAGUUUUGUGAAUUGGGAAUUGCGAAAUGCGAAUUUGCUAUUGGUAAGGCUAUGAGGCUUGCUGAAUUGGGAGUGAAAGAAUGGGGAAGGCCGAGUGCCAGUUUUUAACGGAGAUACACAAUAGGAUACACCACGUCAGUCUUUUAUUUAAGGGAAAUGGACAAUCAGCUCACGAGUACAAUGAAUAAAUUUUAUUCCAAAAAGGGCUUUAACCCUCAUUGACAUUUAUAAAAUUUUAUUUAGAUUUAGAUCAUGUAGGAGGAUUAGAACUUUAAGAUACAGUUUAAGAUACACCUCAUUUUUUUAACUCUCCCAAACAUGGUAAGUUUAUGUUUUACACUUACCUUCCCUUUCGGAUACCUCCUAACACUUAUUAACACUUCGAUUACAAACACCCUUGUAAACACUUAAUCCAAACAAGCCUCAACGAGCUUGACUUGCAUAUAUACUUAAGUAUGGGGCCUGGCUCCCCCUUAACACCGACUGAUCUUAAUUUAUCAAAACCCAGUACCCUAGCUUCUGUUCUUAUGUAAUUACACUCUUUCCUAAUAAUGUAAUAGAAGACCGGGUAGAUUCAAAAUACUCAACCUUUUUCGGCCCUUUUCGAUAAAAAUUCCCUCAAGUAUGGGGCCUAGCUCCCCCUUAACACCGACCGAUCUUAAUUUAUCAAGGGGGUGAUGCUAGGCGCACCCCUUAGAUUACUUAAUGUAACCUUAGUUUGGCUAUUUUACCCUUCCGAAUUUUUUUAAUUAAAAGAAGUGAUCCCUUCCAAUUUCCAUGUGGUAAUUGAAUCCCCUUAAAAAAAUGUACUAUGAUUUUGCUAAGCGGAUCCCUCAAAAUUUAUGCUCAAAUUACGAUGUGACCAUGAACUCUCUAUUAUAAAAUAUUACCAGUAUUACUUUUUCAUUUGUGUUUUGAGUUUUACAAAAAAGUAUCAAAUUAAACAUUUUUUAGAUAAUAAUGCAUAUGUUAAAAAUAUACAUGUAUUCCCUUCAAAAUAAGUCAAGAAAAAUGAAAAUUAAAGACAAUUGAUUUACUACCGUUAAAGAGGGUAGAGAUUUGAAGAAAUAAUUCAUUAACUUUAUGGAAGUGUAUCAUAUGAUAAGAAUUAAGAGCCUGUUUGGUGACUCUGUUUUUCGUUUUAGCAGGCUUAUUAGUCUACUUUUUUACCCAACACGUAGUUUUUGACUUCGCGUGUUGAAUACUGUAAUGAUAAGAAAAAGCAAGGUUGAAGUUACUUUGGGUCUGUCUUGGCUGAAGUUACUCUAGAUGAUUAUUUUUGUUAUUAUUGAUAUAAUGUUUUCUUUAAUCGAUUAAUAAAAUAUAUUUUAAACAUAAUGUUUUCAUAAGUCGAAUCAGCCACUUUAGCUAGAAUUCAUAAAUUUCAGCACAAUCGAAUUUGGUAUUAUCAAGCGGGCUCUAAUUGUUAAAAGCCGUUUGAUAACCCCUAUUUUUAUACUAUCAAUCUUGUAAAUAAUUUUUUACAAAAAUAUAAAUAUUGAUUUUAUGUGUUGAAUUGUAUAAUAAUCAAAACAAGUAAGGUUGAAUUAAUAGUAUCUGUUCAAUACAUUUAAGUUAAGUAAUACAAAAACCAUUUAUUUUAGUAAAACUGUUUCCAUGAAUACGGGGUAAUAAUUUAACAAAAACAUGAAUACAUACCCAUUACGUACUACAAAGUAAUUAAGGAGCAUUUGUUUUACUCAUAGUUUCAUUGUCUGAAAUUUUCCAAUUACGCAAAGGACAAAGUUGUCCGAUUAGAAAAAAAGUGGGUGCGCCUAAAACUUGUGCAGAGAACAGCCGUUUAUAAAAACCUAGUACCAUACCUUGUGUUCAUAUAUAUACUUCCGGCAGCAAUUGCCAUAAGUAGAUGAUAUGAUGGAUCUUAAGGAGGAAACGAGGAAGAGAUGCAGUGGCGGUGAAAAUGAGGAGAGUGGGGCGUUGAAGAGAUGCAGUAGCGGUGAAAAGGAGGAGGGUUGGAGCAGCCGCGAAAAGGAGGAGGGUUGGACUUUGAAGAGAUGCAGCACCAACUCCUGCAGCUGCGUAACAAAGCUUAAGAGACCAAGACGCCCCUAUUCGCUAUUCGACUACGAAAAUUAUUUUCCUUAUCCAACAAAUACCAUCAAAAGUGAUUUAACUAUUGGUGAACCGCAUGUCUUUUUUGAGUUUCCGGAAGAAAUAUUUAUGGAGGAGAACGAGCCUCUUAAUAUUAAGAAAGGCGAGAAAUUGCCCGUUGAUGUGUUAUCUUUGCUAUCAAAUGGUGGUAAGACAAAUUCCCUUGUCCGUAACAAUGGGGAAAGAGUUGGUUUAAUGGAUGCGAUUUCCGUUAAGUAUUUGGUUGUUUGUUGCUUCUUCGUGCCUAUGUUUGCUAAUGACUGUUCUGACCGUGUAUGCCGCCACUUGAUAGCAACUUACAAUGAGUUGCAGAACAAUAACUUGAAUUUUGAGAUGGUGGUGGUAGCUAAGAUGAGAUCCUCAUUUAUCUCCAAGGACCAGGAGGAACCUGCUUUCGACUGGUUUUUAUCUGCGUUUCCUUGCCUGGCUGUACCCUUUUCUGACUCCUCCACCAGGGAUUCGAUUUGCAAGCUUCUCGGGUUAGAAAGUUCGAGGUUGACUGAAAGUGAUGCUUGUCUUGUUCUCGAUCCUGAACAAAGGGUUUUGCAGUCAGAUACUUUGUGUUUCGAGAAUUAUGGAGCUGCGUCCUUCCCUUUCACUGAUAGCCACUUGGACUCCCUUAAGAAAAAAGUCGAGGAAAUCAGGAUGAGGUUGGAUCCAGUUUACAGGCAAUCAAAACUCGACGGCCAGGAGAUGUCGAGGAGGUAGAGGUUGGGUCCUCUUUACAAGGGCGCUGUAGAAGAUGAAAUCAGCACUGAACCUGUGACCCUGGAGGAACUCUUGUGCUGCGAAUCCUCAACGCUCCUGCACAAAUGUGAUGGCAGUAGCCAAAAGAACAGGGUAAUAUCUGUUGCAGACCUCAGCAAGAGCAAGUGUGUUGUCUUGUACCUUUGCUUUGAUGCUUCAUUUGUUCUUCUUCUGCUAGAAUCAUCCGAAGUCCAUUCGAUUCAAACCGAGCUGAGGUGAUGUUAUUAGGUAAAAGCAAUUCAUGAUGAAGCUAUUUUGCAAAACCAAGACAAUUGCUUCCUCCCUCUGGUGAGUAAAGAAACACUGUGAAUCAAAGGAAAGAACGGUUGUUUUCAAACGAACUUGGUUUAGGCAUUCUAACUAAAGAUCUUAUUGCGGAUUUGGUUGACAUUUAUAGAAGAUAAAGUGUCUCCAUUUUCAAGAGAAAACAUAUAUUCCUCCCUCGAUUUCGCGCGCUUUCCACCUUUGUGCAAGGAUUUCCCACCGACAGAUUAUCGAAUCCCUCUUGAGGUAAGUUGGGAGUGGUUGUCUCUCCUUGUUCAUCCCCCGCUCGGAGGUUUAUGAGUAGGAUGGUGUAGUAAUGAAGAUGCAAAAAUAUUUCCAUUCACUUACACUUGCUUUUGCGUAUAGAAUGUGCAGCUGAUAGAAGUACAGAGAAAUGGAAGACAUUCGAGAACAUGAAUCUCUGUUUCAGAGUUGGAUUGUUAUGGAUCCACCAGAAAUGGCAGAAUCCAGGCUUUUCAUUUUGUCCUGCAUGGUCGCAGGUUUAGUAGGGAUUUUGACGAUUUUUUACACUGCUUUUCAAUGGAGAAGGAAUAUAAACUGGGGAUGGAUGAAAGCCAUUGCUAGGUCAAAGAAACACCCGAAAGCAAGACACAAAGUUCCUGCUGCUCCACACAGUUGGGAGCUGAAGGAUGUCUCUAGAGGGAAAAAUCUGAACUGUUUCGUAUGUUUAAAGUCGAUUUCUCUCUCACAAACGCUUGGUCCUAUGGUUACUUCAGAGUGUGUUUUUAAUAGGUGCAGCAUUUGUGGUGCAGCAGCUCAUCUGAGUUGUUCAUCAAGUGCUCAAAAGGAUUGCAAGUGUGUGUCUAUGAUUGGAUAUCAGCAUGUAGUGCAUCAGUGGGCAGUGCGGUGGACAGAAGUUGCUGAUCAACCAUUUGAGGCUUCUUUUUGUAGGUACUGUGAGGAGCCAUGCAGUGGAUCUUUCCUUGGCGGGUCCCCUAUAUGGUGCUGCUUAUGGUGUCAGCGUUUGGUUCAUGUUGAUUGUCAUAGUAGUAUGUGCAAUGAGAACAGUGAUUCUUGCGACUUGGGACCUUUCAGAAGGCUUAUUUUGUCUCCACUUUAUGUUAAAGAAUUACAUCAGACUUCUUCGAGUGGAUUGCUAAGCUCUAUCACUCAUGGUGCCAAUGGAUUUGCAUCCUCUGUCCGUGCUACAAUUAUUAGAAGUCAAAGCAAGAAGUACAAGCAUAAAAAUGAUAAGCACUUAGCUGAGAUCUCAGCAGAAACAGGGAAUGAUUAUUCUGCUGGUGAUCUAUCAACUGAAUCCACUGCUGAUACAAAUCAAGCAGUAAAUGGAUCCCAUAUGAUUGAGGAGAACUGUAAUGGUGGUAUACAUUCAGAAAGUGUUGACAAGGAGAGUGAUAAAGAAGUUAAGAUUUUGGAACCCAAGGCCAAAUUUAAGAAAAGUCCAUCUGCUAAUCAAAAGGAUGAUACUCAACCUAUAGAGAUAAAAUUGAGAUAUGAGGUGACUGAUAUGCCUUCAGAUGUUCGACCUCUGCUAGCUUUCAUUAACAAGAAAAGUGGGGCACAACGAGGGGAUUCACUUAGACGACGAUUAAGUGUCCUUCUAAAUCCUGUACAGGUGUUUGAGUUGAGCUCAACCCAAGGGCCAGAAGCUGGCCUCUUUUUGUUCAGAAAGGUACCACACUUCAGAAUUCUAGUUUGUGGAGGUGAUGGUACAGUGGGCUGGGUUUUAAAUGCCAUAGACAAGCAAGACUUUGUUUCACCCCCACCAAUGGCAAUACUUCCAGCUGGGACAGGAAAUGAUCUGGCUAGAGUUCUUUCUUGGGGUGGUGGCUUGGGUUCAGUUGAGAGACAAGGUGGCCUUUGUCCACUUUUGCGUGACAUAGAACAAGCUGCAGUCACUGUUCUUGAUCGGUGGAAGCUCUCAAUAUCUGACCAACUAGGAAAUCAGCUUCAAUCACCUAAAUUCAUGAACAAUUAUCUUGAUAUGUGGGUGACCUAAAGGAAAUAAGUUUGAAGGAUCAGAUGGAAAAAGUUCCAACUGAAGUUAUCUGUAAGGCACACUUGGUUUAUUACGUGAUGCAAGUACAUAAUGCUUAUGACAGAGGCCGCAAGCUUAGGAUAUUUGCUGGUGAUGAACACCCAUUUGUUGAUAGACCCUUGGAGCCCUAUAUUAUGCCUCCUUGUAAAGUGCGAGAAGUGUGGUCUCGUGCAAGACGUGUCAUAUUUGUGCACAAAAGAAGGCAGAGCAGCAGCAACUAGGUGUAACCGCUCCAAAGAAGAAUGCAAAGAAGGAAGGAAACUUAGGAAAGUUAGAAGUAAGCGGAUGAAGUUUUGAAGGGUUGAUAUGGGAUAUAUUACAGACAGAUAUAUUGUAUGCCCCGUAGUUAAUUGCCUCAAAUCCUCAAUCAUGGCUUUUACUGUUGCCAUCGUCAUAAUAUGUAGCCAUGUAGGCACUCCACUGUGAGUGGAUUGGGUAAUCUCUUCGCUUGUUUUGUGUUCUCAUUUUUCUUUAGCUGCCUUUGCACGCAUUAGAUGAUUCGCCUCAAUUCAAUAUAUUGGGCCUGCUAUGUUUUGCAUACUAGGCUUAUUGGUUAAAAUAUUGUUCAAUUUGACUCAGUACAAAUUUUCAAAAUCUGAUUUUUAUUUUUUUACUCAUAGAAAAUAAGAUAUAUUUACUGUCAAA